AUGGACGGCUGUCUGGUCGAGCCCUUUGGGUUCUUUUGUCUGUCGCAUUGUGGAUGCAUAUACAUCUGGGGUUGUCGCUUUGCUGAGCAUAUUGUUGCUCUAUUGUGUGUUCAGGAAGGGGUAUACAGGUAUUUUCAACUCCUCGGAGUGGACAACUGUCGCACCAAAGACUCACCCCUAUUCAAAAACGCAGAAGAAUCUCUUUUGGUCAUCCGCGGAUUGGGCAUCCAGACAUCUACCUCAUCUGCGACCUAUCUGUCUAAAGCUGCGACGAGAUUCAUUCCCACGACGCAGAUCCAAGAUAUAGUGAUUCAUGAAGCUUUCAAAGGGUUUGAAGUCCGCUUUUACCUCGCUGUGAUUGUGGAGGGUGAGCCGGACGUUGUUGUGGUUUUCCCUAAACUCCUACCGAGGCGCGCAAUUUUGGAAGAGGUUUGGAGGGGUUCUCGGCGCUGUUUAUAUGACGCCAAAUCAUGA